AAUUCCACAGCAGAUACAUACGAUACUAUUUGUCAUAGCAUCCAAUAUGGUCACCAAUCACAUGUAUGCAUCAGGAAAUCGCCGAGACCUUGUUGUUGAAUGGCUACUUUCUAUCAUCUGGCUCUAAUAUCUUUGACUAUUGGUAUGGUUCUGCCACCACAGACCCCUUGGGCGACAUUUUGACCAGAGGUUAUCAUGUCACACCUUUGUUUGCAUUCACUUGCGCUUUUCUCACAUAUUGGCAAUGGUAUUGGAGGACUUGGCUGUGACAUGCCAUAUAGUUAUUGAAUGAGUGUGUUCUAUCACUUGGCUG